CUUGAUUGACUGGAUUUCUCUCAAUAAAUGCACAUGUAUCGUUCCACAGAGCUUAGAACCGCGGUCCAUUACAGUCCUUUAAGCAUCAUGAGUCAGAUAACAGAUUUCUUGUACCUUGGAAGCCUUCGUAUGGCUAUGGAUGAAGAGAUUCUGAAGGCGAAAGGAAUCACACAUAUCAUAAACGCUACUAUGGACGAAAGCCCCAAAUACAAAAUAUCAAUAAAGUGUAUGAGGGUUAAGGUAAACGACGACCCCGAAUGUAACAUUGGACGUCAUUUUGACAACGUAGCUGACAAAAUAGAAGAAGUAAACAAAAAGAGUGGAAGAGUGUUGGUCCAUUGUGUUGCUGGAGUUAGCAGAUCAUCUACUUUGGUUAUAGCAUAUUUAAUGAAAUAUCAAAAAAUGAACCUAAAAGAUGCUUACACAAUGGUGAAGGAAAAGAGAGCUCUUAUCAAUCCCAAUCGAGGGUUCUGGCUCCAUCUCAUAGAUUAUGAAAGAAAAUUAUUUGGUAAAACCACAGUCAAUAUGAAAGACACUAAAUACG